AACAGGGUGAUAUUAUUUGAUGUCUUCUUUGUUUAGAUAUGUUGUCAGCAGUAACAGGGUGAUAUUUAUGAUAAAGGAUGGUGCCAAGGCGUGGGAGAUUAAGGACUUCCUCGUUACUCAGGACCGAUGUGAGGAAGUCACCAUUGAAGGAAAAAAUUACCCAGGGGCCGCGGCUAAGAGUAAAGACACUAAAAAAUCAACAGAGAAGGACAAACAUGAGGACAAUGUGUCACAUAAAAAGUCAGGGACAGAGAAAAGGAAGCGGUCAGAGAAUGAUAUACAUAAAACAGAGUUAUAAACGGAGAGUGGUGAACAUGUAAUACACAGCUACUCCAGCAACAAUGUGGUGCUCAGUCAAGUGACUAGGAAAAAGUUGAUACACUGUAUACCAAAUGUGAUAGAGCAAACAGUUAAAUACUCAAAAUACGGACAAAAGCUGUCAUUGUACACUUCAGACCAAGCUCAAAAAAUUCUUUAUUUGCAGUUGCCGACCUAUAAUUUUUAGACUAGGCAGGUA